CCGGUAGCUCCCUGCCGGGGGUCGGCGGCUUCCCCAGGAGCCUGCUGUCCUCGCCCUGCCCCUCCGGCGUGCCGCUCUGCCUGCCCGGGCCCGGGCGAGCCUCGAGCGGGACCUCCGCGGGGGCGGGCCCCUAGGAGAGCGGAGGGAGGGAUCUGCUCGCGGCGUCCCUCAGGCUCCGGGGUCCUCCCUCGGCCCCGCCACCCACCUCCUACGCCUUUGGGAUCACCGCCCGGUCGAUGUCGCCGGGCCUGGUGGCUCUGAGGACCGUGCUGAGUGCGGGGGCCACACAGGUCACUGCCGCCCCAGUACUGCGUGCCAGGCACCGAGCAGAUCCGCGGUUGGAUUCGUAUUUGAACCGAGGCGAACACAGCCACUGAGGGAAACGACCUGUAUUGGAAAGGCAGAUGUGAAUAGUUACUGUCUGGUGCGAGAUAGGUGCUCAUGUCGAGGUGUACGCUGUGGGAACAGAAGGGGCGGCCUGUUGGAGAAACUGAUACCUGACCUACGCCUGGAAGGAAGAGACAAAGCACUAAAAAACUAAAGUUUCUGGUUUCAGGGAAGAUGACAGAGGAACUGGAUCUCAUGGGACAGGACUCUGAUGGGAGUAGUGAGGAGGUGGUCCUAACUCCUGCAGAGCUCAUUGAAAGGCUGGAGCAGGCCUGGAUGAAUGAAAAGUUUGCCCCGGAGCUGCUGGAGAGCAAGUCUGAGAUUGUGGAAUGUGUCAUGGAACAGCUAGAGCAUAUGGAAGAAAAUCUCAGGAGAGUUAAAAAGGAGGAUCUGAAGGUCAGCAUCCACCGGAUGGAGAUGGAGAGGAUCCGCUACGUCCUCACCAGCUACUUGCGGUGUAGACUCACGAAGAUAGAGAAGUUUUUCCCUCAUGUCCUUGAGAAGGAGAAAACACGCCCCGAGGGGGAGCCUUCCAGCCUUUCUCCAGAAGAGUUUGCCUUCGCCAAAGAGUACAUGGCCAGCACGGACACCUACCUUAAGAAUGUCGCCUUAAAGCACAUGCCUCCCAACUUGCAGAAGGUGGACCUGCUGAGGUCGGUUCCCAAACCAGAUCUGGAUUCAUACGUGUUUCUGAGAGUCAGAGAACGGCAAGAAAACAUACUGGUAGAACCAGAAACAGAUGAGCAGAGGGACUACGUGAUUGACCUGGAGGAGGGCUCCCAGCACUUGAUCCGGUAUAAAACCAUUGCACCUCUGGUUGCUUCUGGAGCCGUACAGCUCAUUUAAAACUAAAAGUAAACAAGAAUGAAGACACAGAAGCUUAGGGAAAGUAAUAUUCUAGUAUUUUAGAGACCACUCGAGUCGUUUUGUGCCUGAGGGCAAUGAGGAAGUAGUUCUCCUGAGGUCACUCUUUUCUUGGCAGCGCUGUGGAUUACUUGGGCCUUGAAAAGGAGCUCAAGGCAGGUUCCUCCUGUCUGCCAUCUCAGCCGGAGUCAGCAGGUGGGGCCCUUGCUCCGUCUGUCCUGCUCUCUACGCAAGUAAGCGGAGACGCACAUUCUGGGCACCUUUUCCCUCCACGGCACUUUCCGGAGCUAAGGAAAGUAAAGCAAAGGUAGUUCGUGAAAGGCCUCCCUGCCUCUCAUCAGGGGACGGUAUUUAGCCCUGACCUGGUAUUUCUAGGAGAGUUCAGUUAACCGUUCCGAUAGCAAGAUUGUAAAUAGAUUAAAGAAGACAUCUGUGGCCGUCUUCUGUAAUAAACACAUCGUUAGAUUUUGUGAACUAACCUUUGGGAUCCCCUAAUGUUGGACUUAAAACCCAUUUCUGUCAUGCUUAACUGACAAUCACAGCUAAACCAAUAAACCAUUACUAAAUUCGG